UAUCCAAUAGCCAAGUUGACUUUUGAUGACGAAAUUCGGAUUCGGACAUGUGCCAAACUGAUAUUCUACCGUGGCUUACCCAGCAUGAAAGUUAGUGAUUUAAUGAAUUUACUGAUUCUUUCAUACUGGGUAAAAACUUGUCAUUCCAUCGCAAAUUCACUUGUUUAUUUGAAGAAAAUCAUGCAGCGUUCUACUGUAUCAUUAAAAAGAUAAAUAUAUUUUAUAUUUAGUUUUUUUGUAUAUUAAUAUAUUAGAGCAUAUACAAAUUUUUUAAAGCCAGAAAAACUCGAGACUAACAUACUUACCUAUCUACUCAAGACAAAUAAAGAAAAUUAAUAAAAAUGAAUACUAUUAGACGUGACUAUCACGAAAUUAUAGACGUUCUUAGUGAGUCAAUUAAUUUAACGGAAUCGAUCCCAAUACAUAAUGAAACUGAAGAUUUUGAGCCUAUAUUUGCUGACGAUUAUUCAACCCAAACAAAUACGUAUACACCAAAUGAGGAAAUAAUUUCAACAGAGAAUGAACAUGAUAUCCAUUUACAAGAGUCUAACAACUCAUCAAUCGGAAAUAUUAAUUUUUUUAGAUAUAAACGAGAACACAAUGGUGCAAGAUCUAAAGGGCAAACUAUGCAAAUAAAUAAUUUGGCUCAAAAUAAUUCAAAUGUAGACCGAAUUGCUUUAAGUUCAGACAGUGAAGACGAAUACAUUUGUAGUUCAACCGAAGACGUACAAAAUUUAGGAACCUCUAAUUUUUUGAAUCAAAACAAUCAUAAUGAAGUUCGUGUUGAACAAAAUUUUCGAAUACUGUUUGAUGGAUCCUCAUCGUGCGAGCUCGAACCAAAUCAUAUUGAAUGUAGAUGUCAUAGAAAACGUAUUUUAAGAAAUACAAGUUUCUCACAAAUCCAAAACAACAAAAAUACAUUACAAAAUUCUCUUUCAAUAAACUCACUUGAUCCAUUACCAGGCCCGUCUGGUCUGAGUCUGUCAAUACAGGCUCAAGCAUCACAAAAUAACUGGAGUACUGAAAAUACUGAAAGUAAUCGAUCAGGAGUGAGCGACGUUUUGACUGCACCUGAGCUUCAAUUAGAUUUUUUUUCAGACUCCAGUAACGACUCUACUGAAACUGAAACAAAUAAUGAAGCUACUGGUUCACAACCGUCGGGUCACCUUAUCAGUUCUAGCAGAACUAAUAAUAGAGAUGGACUAUUUAACAAUAGAAGCUAUGGUCGUCAACCUAAUACAAGAGAUUUCUACAGUAGAAGUUCACACGGCUCUGCUGGUCCAAUGCGAUCCUAUAAUCGUCAACUAGUAGGCCGAAACGAUAAUUUAUACAGAAGACGGUUUUAUCAUAAUUUUUCACAGUCUUCCACAUACAUUCCCCAUCAAAGGCUAUGGCAUCAACAAUAUCAUUUUCAAGAAAUGUAUAGACGUUUUAUGUCAAACAAUUACGAUGAAAGAAAUAGUAACAACAGUACAAAUUCAAAUUCUUCUAAUUGGCGAAGGUAUGAGCAACUUGAUCCAUAUUCAUAUCUUAGGUUGAACCUUCGAGGUACUGAUGAUUCAACUUUGUACUUUCCUUCCACUAACACAUAUCUAAAUAGAGGAGCGUCACAGCUAUUUGUAUUUCUUUUUUUCCAGGAAAUUAUCGAAAAAUAUACGUUGUGCUACAAAUUUUCAACUAUAAAUGAAAGUUUUAACAACGAAAAGUGUUCUAUAUGUUUAUCAAAUUUUAAGGAAGUUACAUUUGUUAGACGAUUGCCUUGCCUGCAUUUUUAUCAUUGUGAAUGUAUAGAGUAUUGGCUGCGGCUAAAUAGUACAUGCCCUGUUUGUCGAAUAGAUAUUCAAAAAAAGUAACACUCGUAUAAAAUUACAUUUAAAAUAAAGAAAGAAUUAAGAUAUUUAAGUAAUUAGAUUUAUUUCAGAAUAUUUAAUAUUUAUGUAUAAUAAUGAUAAGUAUAAGUAUAAUAAUAAAUUUAAAUAAAAUAUAUUUAAAAUAUUGA